GAAGCAUAAUCAGAGAUGGUGGGAGAGAGAGAGCAAGCAAGAAAGCGAUAACCGAACUGAUUUUAAAAAUCUUGAGCUUAAAGUAAUCCUAAUCAGAUCUUUUCAUAAGGAGGAAGAAGAAGAAGCUGAAGAAAGAAAGAAAGAAAGAAAGAAGUAAGUCAACGACGACGAUGAAGCUCUCCGCUCUGCAUCAGAGCUACUUAAACCGCCGCAGAUCUCCGUUAGAUUCCUCCGCCGACGCCUCAAGCAAGUCGUUCCUCGCCGUCUUCUGGCUCGUCCUCCACUGCCUCUGCUGCUUGAUAAGCCUACUCCUCGGCUUCAGAUUCUCCAGAUUAGUCUUCUUCUUCCUCGUCUCCACUCCCUCCUCAACGAACCUCUACUCUCCUCCCUUCCGCCCCGACUUACCGCCGCCGCGAACCGAUCUUAAUCCACACAACGCCACGGCGGUCGAGGCGAAGACCUCCUCCUCGUCGUCGCGCGUCGUCGUCGGGAGGCACGGGAUCCUGAUCCGCCCCUGGCCGCACCCCGAUCCCGUGGAGGUGAUGAAGGCGCACCGGAUCAUCGAGAGGGUGCAGAGGGAGCAGAAGGCGGUGUUCGGCAGCGGCGGGAAGAGCAGCAGGGCGGUGAUCGCCGUGACGCCGACUUACGCGAGGACUUUCCAGGCGCUGCAUUUGAACGGCGUGAUGCAUUCGCUGAUGCUCGCGCCGUACGAUGUCGUUUGGAUCGUGGUGGAAGCUGGGGGUGCGAGUAACGAGACGGCUUCGAUUAUUGCUAAGUCGGGGGUGAGGACGAUCCACGUGGGGUUUGAUCAGAGGAUGCCUAAUACUUGGGAGGAUCGUGGCAAAGUCGAGGUUUUGAUGAGACUUCGAGCUUUGAGAGUUGUGAAGGAAGAGAAGCUUGAUGGGGUUGUGAUGUUUGCUGAUGAUAGUAACAUGCAUAGUAUGGAGUUUUUCGAUGAGAUUCAGAACGUGAAGUGGUUCGGUGCUGUUUCCGUUGGAAUCUUGGCGCAUUCGGGGAAUGCGGAAGAGAUGGUUAUGUCGAUGGAUAAGAGAAGAGAGAUGGAGAAAGAAGAGAGCUCUUCGUUAUCUUCGUUACCAGUACAAGGUCCUGCGUGUAACGCGACCGAUAAGCUGAUCGGUUGGCAUGUUUUCAAUACGUUGCCAUACGCGGGGAAGAGUGCGGUUUAUAUAGACGAUGUAGCUGCGGUUUUGCCGCAGAAGCUGGAGUGGUGUGGGUUUGUAUUGAACUCGAGGAUUCUUUGGGAUGAGGCUGAGAGUAAGCCGGAGUGGGUUAAGGAGUUUGGGUUGUUGAACGAGAACGAAGGCGUGGAGAGUCCUUUGUCUCUGUUGAAUGAUCCUUCGAUGGUUGAGCCUCUUGGAAGCUGUGGAAGACAGGUUCUGCUUUGGUGGCUUCGUGUUGAAGCACGCGCUGAUAGCAAGUUCCCUCCCGGAUGGGUGAUUGAUCCUCCGUUAGAGAUCACAGUGGCGGCUAAACGAACGCCAUGGCCAGAUGUUCCUCCUGAGCCACCUACUAAAAAGAAAGAUCAAAUGUCAUUAUCCCAAGGCAACAAUGUGGUUGUGAUACCAAAGCAGCAGCAGCAGCAGCAACAACAACGUUCUAGCAAAGUCCGGAAACCGAAACGGAGAAGCAAGAGAAAUAAACACGAAGCUAAACCAACUGAUACGACAACACAAGUUUCUUCUUCCACUAAACAUCAUCAAGAAAGAAACUGAGGAAGAAGAAAGAUCCUUUCUACUCUUUUAUUAUUAUCAUUCAUUUGUUUGCCAAAGUUUUUCUUAGAGAAAUGUCAAGAGAUCAUCUUAUUCCCCUCCAGAUACCGCAAUUAUUAAGAUCAACAGAGAGGAAGCAAGAACAAAGGCUUAGAUUAUGAUGAUGGAGCUCCCACAGGCCACAACAAUGGUACACGGGUUUUUAGGGGAAUGAAUGAUGAUCAUUCGUUUAUUUUCAAUAUAUUUUCUUUUUGGGUCUAUAAAAACUUAUCUGUAUUUGUAACAAAGGAUUGUUUGUUUCAGUGCUCUAUAGAUGACAACAAAAGGCUUAGAAACAAAAACUUUGGGUUGUAUAGUUUUCCUUUCGUUAGUAUAUUUCUCAAUCCA